GUUCAAUUGCUGAACUAAAUCAGUUGAAGCUGCUCAGUGCUCACUUACAGUACUUAGCAAGCAGCUGAAGUUCAUCAGUGAUCGGUCUUCAAUAUGGGUGUAUUUAAAAUGUUGUUGUUAGUGGUAUCGCUGAUAGCGUACUCUAAUUCAGCUUCCGUCCAUGGUGGUCGUGGUGAUCGUGGUGAUCAUGGUGAUCAUGGUGGUCAACACAUGAAUAGACGUAGUGCCCAAUACUACACCACUGCAGCUCCCUACUACACUACUGUUGCAUCUUACUACACCACACCAGCUCCUUACUACACAGAGGCGCCGUACUACACCACACCAGCUCCUUACUACACAGAGGCGCCGUACUACACCACAUCAGCUCCUUAUUACACCGAGGCUCCGUAUUAUACUACGUCAGCUCCCUACUAUAAGGAGGCGUAUGGCCAUCAUGCAAUGAAGCGAAGUGCUCCAGUUCAGCAGGCAUCCUACUACACCACGGCAGCCCCGUACUACGCUGAGCCUUCUUAUUACACAACUCCGGCAACAUAUUACACUACACCGUAUACAACAACUGCAGCUUACUAUUCUGGUGGAUACGAUCAUCAUGCGAAGAAACGCAGCCCACAAGCUAUGCCACCCGCAAGUCGUGUUCAGCCGUCAUACUACAAUGCACCUCCUGCUAAUACAGCCCCUUCGUAUACGCUCCCGUACUACACCACAGCUGCACCCUACUACACCGAGGCUCCGUACUACACCACAGCUGCGCCCUACUACACUGAAGCUCCGUACUACACCACAGCUGCGCCCUACUACACCGAGGCUCCGUACUACACCACAGCUGCGCCUUACUACACCCAAGCUCCAUACUACACUGAAGCGCCCUACUACACCACGGCCGCGCCUUACUACACCGAGGCUCCCUACUACACCACAGCUGCGCCCUACUACACGGAGGCUCCGUACUACACCAAAGCUGCGCCCUACUACACUGAGGCUCCGUACUACACCACGGCUGCCCCUUACUACACCGAGGCUCCGUAUUACACUACAGCUGUGCCCUACUAUACUGAGGCUCCAUAUUACACUACAGCUGCCCCUUACUACAAGGAAGCUCCGUAUUACACCACCGCUGCUCCGUAUUACACUACUGCUGAGCCUUAUUAUACAGCAGCACCCUACUACACUGAGGCUCCCUACUACACCACCACUGCUGCUUCUUACUACACAACCGCAGCACCCUACUACACCACUGCUGCUUCUUACUACACAACCGCAGCACCAUACUACACUGAGGCUCCCUACUACACAACGGCCGCGCCUUACUACACCGAGGCUCCCUACUACACCACAGCUGCGCCCUACUACACGGAGGCUCCGUACUACACCACAGCUGCGCCCUACUACACUGAAGCGCCCUACUACACCGAGGCUCCGUACUACACCACAGCUGCGCCCUACUACACGGAGGCUCCGUACUACACCACAGCUGCGCCCUACUACACCGAGGCUCCGUACUACACCACAGCUGCGCCCUACUACACCGAGGCUCCGUACUACACGACAGCUGCGCCCUACUACACCGAGGCUCCGUACUACACGACAGCUGCGCCCUACUACACUUCUGCUGCUACUUACUACACAACCUCAGCACCAUACUACACUGAGGCUCCGUACUAUACCACCGCAGCACCUUACUACACAACUGCUGCUCCUUACUACACAACUGCUGCUCCUUACUACACAACUGCUGCUCCUUACUACACAACUGCUGCUCCUUACUACACAACUGCUGCUCCUUACUACACAACUGCUGCUCCUUACUACACAACUGCUGCUCCUUACUACACAACUGCUGCUCCUUACUACACAACUGCUGCACCCUACUACACUACUGCUGCUCCUUACUAUACAACCGCAGCACCAUACUACACUGAGGCUCCGUACUAUACAACCGCAGCAACCUACUACACCACUGUUGCUCCUUACUACACCGAGGCUCCGUACUACACGACAGCUGCACCCUACUACACUGAGGCUCCGUACUAUACCACUGGUGCUCCUUAUUAUACUGCAGCAACUUACUACACUGAAGCUCCGUACUACACCACCGCAGCUCCAUACUACACUGAAGCUUAUACUACCACCUACAAAUAUGAAGUUCCAGUUUACACCACACCAAGAUAUUACGCUCCUCCAAUCUAUUAAUUAUAGUCCAUUUAUUACCUCGUGCAAAAAGUUAUUAUAUAUUAUUCGGAGCAUGUUAAUAGAUUCUGUUAUACGCUGGA